AUUAUUUUGAGGCCAAGUGUGACCGAUUAAAUGCAUUUUCGUGUGUAUUUUAGCAGUCAACAUUCUAAAACACAAAUAGUCUGCAAAGCAUAUAAAUUACAAUGCGCGUGUAGAAAGUUGAGUAAAACAUGUUGAAUAUAAAGCAAAUGCCUUGUGAACUCGUAACUGGAUUGUGGGCACCCGCGAUAUUUGGAGUGUAGCGUGCGAGAAGUGUGCGCGCCGCUUUUUCAUUACAGUUAACAUUUCUGCGAAUGAUGAGCACUACACGAACCAACUGCAUGAAUGUUGAUGAAAACACCACAGUUGCGACCGCUGCCGCUGUCGGCGUCAGUGUCGCAGCGCCAACAUCGUCGACGGCUGCGGUGCCGGAAUUCGUGCACCUGACUGAGACGCGCCGCUAUAUUUAUAGAGCGAUAGCCGCCAUUCAUGAUGACAGCUUCAACAAUGUUAUGAAUCGACUACUCAGACAGUUCGAGAGUGCCAUACGAGAGGAGCUGGAGUACGCGCAGAACUCGCCCACAAUAUGUCGCAAAUUGGCGCGCAGCAUAAUCGGCCUCGCGGACCUGAUACACACUCUACUGGGCCAGCGCCUGUCGGCCACCAACAGCUGGACCCUGAGUCGUGAUCGCUGGUGCUACAUUGUGGCCAAUUAUAUUGCCUGUGAGCUGUGCGCUGCACAGGAUCGCAUCGAGAAGGAUCAGUGCAUUAUUGAAAGAAUUGGCAGCAUGCUCAGUCUGUAUGUCGAGGGCAAUGAAGAGAGCUCCGCUCUACACAAGGAGAACACACUGCGCACACUAAUCGCCAUACCCAAGCUGUAUGGCCAGGCCAACAUUAUCACGGUCUUCUACAGCCGCCUUUUUCCGGAAUGGUCCUCAACAACUGGCCUGUUCAGUCAGGUCGAGCUGCCCGAUAAGAUAUACAUUGAAUAUAUUAUUAUAUUUUAUUACUGGCAACGACUGGAGCGUAAUGAGUCGACCAAGCAGCGCAUCUUUGAGUUUGCCAUCAAGUUUAUGCGACCUGCUCGCACGCUGCUCUACAAUCCCGCCUACAUAGAGCAUCUGCCCAAAUACAAUACACCCAACACGGCCACGCGGAUCAUUUUGGAAUAUCUCAGCCUUAAGCAGUGCUGCCGAGGAUUGCAUUCAGCCAGCAAAAUGGACAAUCGGAUGAUUUACCCCAGCGAAUUAAUCCUUGACUCGGAUGAAGAGGAAGCAGAUUCUGAAUCUGGUUUGGUAUUGAUCAGCACUUUGUUCUUAUCGUCGAGCGCAACGCAGCAAGAACCACCACCACCACCAGCUCCUGAUCCGCCCGACUUCCUCAAGCGCUUGUGUCGCAAUGCCAGUCGCUUGGAGCCUGUAAAGCGUGCCACGGCUUUGUAUCGAGGCAUAGACAGCACGUGCGAAGUUGUGGAUCUGUGCGAAUCGGACGAGGAGGAGGAAAUGUUCUCACUUGACUUCAGUGUACCCGCGAAUGUGGAUAGCAGUGGAUCUUCUAACUCGAACGAGGCGACUGGAGUGGGCGAUGAUGAUUAUGUGCCCAUAACGCGCAUCUAUCCCAUUAAUUUGCGCACAUAUCAGCGAGCGACGAGCGGUGGCGCAACCAUAUCUGCUGCGUCAGCUUCCUCCGCUUCUCCUGCUGCCUCUGCAUCUCCUGCCGCUCCUGCUGCCACCUAUACAAUGACAAUGCCGCGCAUAGUCAAUAGCUACAGCUGCCGCAGGGAUAGUCUGCAUCUGGUGUCCACAACGCAGACACCGCCACAUCUUGUAGAUCAGUGUGUGCAAACGGCAGAGCAAGAUGAGGAGGAACAAAAUCAACAACAGCUGUUGGAGCUAGACGAACAGCAGCAGCUGAAUUUCCAUGAUGAUGCCAUAUCCAGCUGCAUGCUCCAUUCAGACACAGGCCAAUCAGCCAGUCCAUCAACCACCGAGCUGCUCUACGAAGCGUCGUUCAGUCGCAGGAAGACCACUCCGGGGGCUAGUACGAAACUUAAACCCAAUGACAAUCAUCACUGCCAUCAAUCAUCUAGUCGUAAUAGUUAUAGUAGCGAAGCCUCCUUGCACAAGAAGCAGGUGACGUUUAGUGCACAACCUUUGGUCGCCUCGAAGAAAGCCCAGUUAAAGAAAUUCCCUAAAAAUAUAAAGCCGUCUAUUAAGCGUUACAAUAAAACAAAUUAUACAUCACUAACGCAUCUGACGAAGCCCAGUUCAAACAUGGACUUUAUCGAAUCCCUAAAGUGGAUGGGGCGUAAAGAACAUUUACUUGCCGGUCAGCGGAUGUUUAGCAAACUGGAAUCGAAGAAAAACUGUGAUAAACGGACUAACGAAUCGUUGUCUUCCUGCAACCGACGUGACCGUCAAGGUCAGCAAUCACGCUCGCCAGCCGCUAUCACGCCGACACCCACGCCCACGCCCACGAGUCAGCUAACGCCCACUACGAGCAAUGCUUCCAGUGGCACACCGACGCCGCAACCGAAAAGGCUGCCGCCUCGCAGCUCACAGCGCUCAUUGCCCACUCCGCCCGCCUCCACGCACAGUUCAAUAGAGACAUGUCGCCCUCGAAAGUCCUUUGAUAGCGUACAGAAUCCCAUAGACGUUGAGGUGCAGGCCUUGGCCAGAAAGUUUAAAUUUGACCGUCGCAAGUUCUCAGACAAUUCCACGGAGCACGUGGAAUUUUACAAAAGUCUGCUGCAAAUUCAACGUAGAAGAAUGGACGAGAAGCGCCAGCUGAAUGCUACGAUAAAAUCUCAAUCAGUGUCAGAUCUAAAGGUGAAAAAGCGAUUGUGUGCAGCAAAUAUGAAGUUACGUAAUGAUAUAGAUAAGCUAGAAAGAGAUCUGGAGAUAAUAAAAAACUUUGCGGUGGAGACGAAAGCAAAAACGGCAGCAACAACAGCGACUACAAGGUUGCUCAUGCCUAUUGUAAGACUGAAGCGUGUCCAUAUUGACAACUUGGAAAUGUCACGCAGCAACAUUGAGGACAGUAUUAACAAAGAAUUGGAUCAGCCUAAGCAGCGAAAGCUCGGCAAGCGGCGUCGGCGAAAGCAGCAUUGUUGGUCAAGGAUAAAGAACUUUAAUAAAAAGAAGAAACUGGCUCAGCAGGAGAUAUUGAGCGGUGCUUAUAGUCCAGCUCCGGUUGGUGAUGCAGCUAAUACUGCUACUGUGGAUGCUGCUGAUAGUGCUCACACUGCUGACAUUGCUAAUAUUGAUACUCCCACUGAUUGUAGUACUACUCCUGUUGCUACUUCUGGUCCUGAUGUUCCUGCCUCUUCACCCACUCCCGCUGCUUCAUCGUCACCUGUGCCAGACUGCAUUGCCGCCUAUGUAACGUUGGCCAACAAUGGGGAGUCGUGCAGCGAGGAGGAUGCAACAGUGAAGCCCAGUGCUAUGCAAGUGCGUAUGCCCACUCCCGAGCUGGAGCCGAGCAGUGUAAUAGCCGCACACGAGAUUGAAGUGGCGUCUAGUAAUGUACCUGUCUAUUUGCUCAACGGCGAAAGUCGCGACUUGACAACGCCCGUGCCAACAACUUUGGCCAGCGAUUUGAUUGCAUAUGAGCCGUAACAUUCGAGUGAGGAUUGUAGGCGUGUCUAUGUGGAAUCUGAAUCUAUACUGGCUCUUGGCCACUUUUAACUGUAGUCCAUACGUAUAUAUAUAUACAUAUAUCUAUAUUUUUGUUGAUAUUUAAAACGAAGCCUGUUAAAAGAAUAUUGAAUCACAAAACCAAUAUUUCAUAAUGUAACUUUAGGUAUAUUCGAAUGACUUGUUGAAUUUUACAAUUAUCAAUUGCCAAUCAUUUUCGUAGAGUAUUUGCCUAUUGGAUAUUACAAUCCAAAGCUUUAUGUUUGUAUACCUUUUAUUUAUUCA